GACUGUCACUGCCUCUGUAGGAUUUAAUUCAUGAAGGGUAGUUGUGCAGAGCCACGAAGGUGUGUGUGGUUGAGUGAGGGUGUACAUGAAUGUGUAUGUGUGUGUGCAGAAUUGUAUGACUGCAUGCCUGGAAUUGUAUUUCUGAAGGUGUGGGUGGUUGUGUGCCUGAGGAUGUACAUGAAUGUGGCAAGCGUGUGUGAGUGUGUCUGUGUGCAGAAUUGUACAACUGUGUGCCUGGAAUUGCAUUUCUGAAGGUGUGUGGUUAUAUGCCUGAGGGUGUACAUGAAUGUGGGAAGUGUGUGUGUGUGUAGGGAUUGUAUGACUGCAUGCAUGGAGCUGCAUUUCUGAAGGUGUGUGUGGGUGUGUGUGUGGUUGUAUGUCUGAAGAGUUUGCGUGUGACUGUGUCUGCCUGGGGUUGUGGAUAUGUCAAUAGCAUACAAGAGGUUUUCGAGGUUAUGUGUGCCUGUGUGUGUCUGAGUGUGUGUGAUGUACGUGGUUUCCACGCCAUCUCUGUCUUCCCUCACUCACUCCUCUGGCUAGCAUAGCAUUGACAUAAAAUGUAUAGAAAGCAUUUUCAGUUUGCUCACUGUAGCUUGCUUUAGUUUUGGGGAUGUAAGAGGCUCCAAGAGGCAGUCCACACAUCUCAUCACAUCUAAGUGUCUGGAGGUUGGGAGAACCAAGUGGGAAAGACCCACCCUCAGCCCUCUCACCCUGUAGAAACUGGGGACACUAGAAGGGACAUUUUCUGAGCAGGAAACCCAAGAGCAAGGAGAAGCAGCAUUGUGGUUUCAGGAGAUGGGUCCAUUUGGAGCAGGAUCCUAAGUGGGGCUUGGCAUUGGGAAUUUGGAUUAGCUCUAGAGGACGCAGGAUCUGGAAACCCAGGGCAGAUGUCCCAUCCCUUGGAUAUGGUGGGGAGUUGAGGAGGGCAAGGAAGAUCCCAGAAAAGCCAGUGGCAGCAAAACACAAAGGCCAGGGACCUACGUACUGGUAAAACUGAGACCUCCAAGAAACCUGCAGCUCGACCUGGUUGAAUUCAGAUAGACCAUGAGCAGCCAUGGCAACAGCCUGUUCCUGCGGGAGAGCGGCCAGCGGCUGGGCCGGGUGGGCUGGCUGCAGCGGCUGCAGGAAAGCCUGCAGCAGAGAGCACUGCGCACGCGCCUGCGCCUGCAGACCAUGACCCGUGAGCACGUGCUGCGCUUCCUGCGCCGAAACGCCUUCAUUCUGCUGACGGUCAGCGCCGUGGUCAUUGGGGUCAGCCUGGCCUUUGCCCUGCGCCCAUAUCAGCUCACCUACCGCCAGAUCAAGUACUUCUCUUUUCCUGGAGAGCUUCUCAUGAGAAUGCUGCAGAUGCUGGUGUUACCGCUCAUUGUCUCCAGCCUGGUCACAGGUAUGGCAUCCCUGGACAACAAGGCCACGGGGCGGAUGGGGAUGCGGGCAGCUGUGUACUACAUGGUGACCACCAUCAUCGCAGUCUUCAUCGGCAUCCUCAUGGUCACCAUCAUCCAUCCCGGGAAGGGCUCCAAGGAGGGGCUGCACCGGGAGGGCCGGAUCGAGACCAUCCCCACAGCUGAUGCCUUCAUGGACCUGAUCAGAAAUAUGUUUCCACCAAACCUUGUGGAGGCCUGCUUCAAACAGUUCAAGACGCAGUACAGCACGAGGGUGGUAACCAGGACCAUCGUGAGGACAGAGAACGGGUCUGAGCUGGGUGCCUCCAUGCCUCCUCCAUUCUCUGUGGAGAACGGAACCAGCUUCCUGGAAAAUGUCACUCGGGCCUUGGGUACCCUGCAGGAGAUGCUGAGCUUUGAGGAGACUGUACCCGUGCCUGGCUCCGCCAAUGGCAUCAACGCCCUGGGCCUCGUGGUCUUCUCUGUGGCCUUUGGGCUGGUCAUUGGUGGCAUGAAACACAAGGGCCGAGUCCUCAGGGACUUCUUCGACAGCCUCAAUGAGGCUAUUAUGAGGCUGGUGGGCAUCAUUAUCUGGUAUGCACCUGUGGGCAUCCUGUUCCUGAUUGCUGGGAAGAUUCUGGAGAUGGAAGACAUGGCUGUCCUGGGGGGUCAGCUGGGCAUGUACACCCUGACCGUCAUCGUGGGCCUGUUCCUCCAUGCUGGCGGCGUCCUUCCCCUCAUCUACUUCCUCGUCACUCACCGGAACCCCUUCCCCUUCAUUGGGGGCAUGCUACAAGCCCUCAUCACCGCUAUGGGCACGUCUUCCAGCUCCGCAACGCUGCCCAUCACCUUCCGCUGCCUGGAGGAGGGCCUGGGUGUGGACCGCCGCAUCACCAGGUUCGUGCUGCCCGUGGGCGCCACGGUCAACAUGGAUGGCACUGCCCUCUACGAGGCCCUGGCUGCCAUCUUCAUUGCUCAAGUUAACAACUACGAGCUCAACCUGGGUCAGAUCACAACCAUCAGCAUCACGGCCACAGCGGCCAGUGUUGGGGCUGCUGGCAUCCCCCAGGCGGGUCUGGUCACCAUGGUCAUUGUGCUCACAUCGGUCGGCUUGCCCACGGAAGACAUCACGCUCAUCAUCGCCGUGGACUGGUUCCUUGACCGGCUUCGCACAAUGACCAACGUACUGGGGGACUCAAUUGGAGCGGCCGUCAUCGAGCACUUGUCUCAGCGGGAGCUGGAGCUUCAGGAAGCUGAGCUCACCCUCCCCAGCCUGGGGAAACCCUACAAGUCCCUCAUGGCGCAGGAGAAGGGGGCAUCCCGGGGACGGGGAGGCAACGAGAGUGCUAUGUGAGGGGCCUCCAGCUCUGCCCCCCAGAGAGGAGGGAAGGGGGCUGGAGAGGGGAGUCCUGGGGACACAUCUGUCACCCAACUGACCAUGGGCUGAACACACGUUCUGCUUGACUUGUUUAGGGGGGAGGGAAAAGUGAAAUAAAGGAGCAGGAAUGAAAGGUA